GACCCCCCCCUGUGGAGAUGGAGCCCCAGGGGCUGCCCAGAGCAGAGGGGGAUUAUGAGAUGUUGGGUCUGCUGGUGCCCAGUCCCCAGAGUGAGGCGGUCACCCAUGAGCUGGAGGAGCUGACCCUACAGCCCAGCAACAACCUGCCCCCCCUCAACGAACGCAAGAACGUCCUUCAGCUGAGGCUACAGCAGAGACGCACCCGUGAGCAGCUGGUAGACCAGGGCAUCAUGCCUCCUCUAAAGAGCCCAGCGGCAUUUCAUGAGCAGAUACGCAGCCUGGAGAGAGCCAGGACUGAAAACUUCCUGAAACACAAGAUCCGCAGCCGACCAGAGAGAUCUGAACUGGUCAGAAUGCACAUCCUUAAGGAGACUGGGGCAGAACCCUCCCUGCAGGCCACCCAGAUGAAGCUGAAGAGGGCCAGGCUGGCUGACGACCUGAAUGAGAAGCUGGCCCAGCGCCCCGGCCCCAUGGAACUGGUAGAAAAGAACAUUCUGCCUGUAGAACCCAGCGUCAAGGAGGCCAUCAUUGUAAACUACCCCAAAGCGCUGGACACGUACGGGUUUGAUGAGGACAGCGGGGACGCCCUGUCUCCAGAGCAGCCGGCCAGCCAUGAGUCCAAGGCCUCCACACCCUCCCCUGGGGAACCUCGGGCCCUAGAGGCCCCAUGCCCACCACCGCUGCCCACACUCACCAACAACCACACAAUCCUACAGCCCUUUCCUGUUGUCACCCAGGCGACGGCAGACUUCCUCAAAGCUCUCUCCACCCAAGAGCUGCCAGUCAGUUGCCCAGCACCCGCGUCUCAGCCUAUCAUCCCUUCAAAGCCAGGGCCCACCCUAGUGAAACAGAGCCAGCCCAAACAGCCAGGAGAGAGGAAUCGCAGUAAGAAGGGCAAGGACCCAAAGCCCCGGGUCAAGAAGUUAAAGUACCACCAGUAUGUCCCCCCAGACCAGAAACAGGAGGCCAGCGAUGCCCCCAUGGACUCAUCCUACGCCAAGAUCCUCCACCAGCAGCAACUCUUCCUCCAGCUGCAGAUCCUCAACCAACAGCAGCAGCAGCACUACAACUACCACACCAUCCUCCCAGCACCCUUAAAACCUGUAGCUGAGGGUCAGAACAGCGGUGUGAGUGGCCUGCCAACCUCUAUAGUGCUGUCCCUGCCUCCUGCCCCCCAUGUCACUGUCCCUCCUCCCACCCCUGUCCGUCCCAACAACAGCCUAUCCAACCGCAAGCCUGGCCACCUGCCUCCUAACCUGGAGGACAUGAAGGUGGCCGAGUUGAAACUGGAGCUGAAAUUGCGAAGCCUCCCUGUCUCAGGGACCAAGACUGAUCUCAUCGAGAGGCUGAAGCCCUACCAGGAGAGUCCCAGCACCCCGGCCCCUACCACAGUCCCAAACCCCGGCCUUAAAACCCUCCCCUCAGUUCCCAUCGAGGUUGGCUCAUCCCCUGCACUUCUACCUGCCCACCAGGUGGCACCAGAGAGCAUGAGCGCCACAGCCCCAGUGUCCCCAAUCCCCACAGACCUCGCCACCUUCAGAGACGACGGAGGGAUGCCCAGGGUAUCCAAGCUCCUUUGCGACCCCCAGAGGGUGAGCCUCUGUCGGACAGGCGCGGGGAUGUCCCAACUUGGCCUGGGUGUUGUUCCGGAGGAGAAGGACCGGCGGCUCCAUGAGAAGGAACGUCAGAUCGAGGAGCUGAUGAGGAAGCUGGAGCAGGAGCAGAUGCUGGUGGAGGAGCUCAAGAUGCAGCUGGGGGUGGAGAAGAAGACCCAGCCCCUCCAGGGUCCCUCAGACCCCGUCCCCAUGAUCCAGACCUUCAACGCGGUCAAAAUGGAAGGCAGGGUCCUUCCUAACUGCUCAGCCAUGAUUAACUCAACCCUGGCCCCCCAGACUCUCCCCACUGUGGUGAAGGUAGAGGAUGUCAUUUGUAACACCAGACCCCAUUCCCAGCCCAAUCCAGCCCCCAGUCUGCCCCAGUUUUUCAUCAGCCACCAGGGGAGAGUGUCCCAGGUUCUAGGCCAGCCUGUUUCCCAGACCCUACUCACGGCCCAGGAUGGCUCUACUCAGAUCCUCCUUCCUGUCCUCCAGGCUACGUUGUCAAAUCAGGCCCCAGGUCUGAUGCAAGCCUCCAUCUCCCAGCUGCAUACCACCAAGAUGGAGACAGCCUCCACUCAGCAGAUAACUAAUCACAACCACAUUUUGCAGACUGUUACAGUUUGUAACGGCUCUGGGAUGGUGGAGAACCAGACUAUGCCCGACAUGCCUCCCCAGUGUUUCCUGAGCAGCUCCCCAGAUAACAGGCUCUCUCCCCGUGGGGCUUCACCCAGCCACAACCUUUCCAAUGGGCCUGUUAACAAGUCCCCCUCUCCAUCCCAGCCCACCUUCAUCCUCCACCCCUCCUCCCUUAUUACCCAGCCCCCCAAGACCAGGGAGCCCCCUCGCUACGAGGAUGCAGUUAAACAGACCCGCAACCUGCAGCAGGCCAACAACCUCACACAGGUUUCCACGGCAACCAGCCAGCAGAUGGACGACCUGUUUGACAUCCUGAUUCAGAGUGGAGAGAUCACUCCAUUCAUCCAGCAGGACCUGCCUUCUCUAAGCACUAAGACUGUCCCUGUCACAGCCAACAUCACUACCCUCCCUGUCAACACCGCCCUGUUCAGAACCCCUCCACAGAUCCAGGUUGCUCCCCCUCCCACCGCUCCCUUCAACCCCCUGCCCCUCCCCAGCCUGUCCUCCGACAACCAGCUGGAGGCCUUCCUGGAGGGGACUCUGAACAACCUGUCCCCAACCACGGAUCCCCGCACCUUGGGUCUGAUCGAGGAGUUGCAGUCCCAGCUCCUGGAUCAACCCUACUCCCCAAUGGACACCUCAGAGCUGUCCUUCUGCGACUCCACGUCUCCCCCUUCCUCCCUCAACAUGGGCUUGUCCGACACAGUCCUGGACAACAUGGAGUGGCUGGAUCUAACCAUGCCGUCCGACCCCACGGGGGGGCUCACACCCCUGGGGAUUCCUUCAGACUUCCUGGAUACACACGACCUGCAGCUGCACUGGGACUGAGGGAGAAGGGGAUGGAUGGAGUGAGGAAGGAAGGAAGAGGAGGAGUGGUGUAGGGAUAGAGGGACUCAAUGUAACAAAUGCAGACUUGGUAAGUGAGGUUAGUCCUCCUUGUGUAUUUAAAACAUUUAAAAAAAAUAAAAAUAAAAUGUUUUGCCAUAUAAUAGGAUUAGCCAGCUGGUGAUCGGGGCAGUGGAUGUUUAAUAGGAGUACUGGGACCAGAUCCAAAUGAACAAGGAGGCGGACGGUAUGUAAAUAUCCUGUAAAUGUUAGCUGUUCCCUCAGCCCUGCUGGAGUUUUUAUUGAAUUGGGCAAAGCUUUCACUAUACGACACCUGGCAGUCAGCCGUACGCUGUUCAGCUUUCCUUGCGGUGAACACGUGGAUGUGUUAACUUCGCAUGCGUUUCACAUUGGUCAUGCUACAGGGUCUGGAUCUACAGCCAUUGCUCUGUGGAAGCAUGCUGCUGUGCCAUACAGUCAGUCUGAGAAUGUGGUUUGUUUAUUACAGAUCUGCUGUGCACAAGCCACGACAAACAGCAUAACUGACCCAAGUAAAACUGGCAAGAGUUACAAGGCUGUUUUACACUGGUCUUUUUUUUGCGCGACAUACCUAUAUUUGGUAUUGCGACAUAGCUAUAUUUGGUAUUGCGACAUAGCUAUAUUUGGUAUUGCGACAUAGCUAUAUUUGGUAUUGCGACAUAGCUAUAUUUGGUAUUGCGACAUACCUAUAUUUGGUAUUGCGACAUAGCUACAUAUUGUUUUGGAUGAGACUGUUUUUUCCUGAACAAAACAGACACUAUGGUCAGUUGGACUAUUUAAGCAACUGAACUGACACUGAGAACAAAGACUCACUCCUAUUGGAUGAGGAGGAGUGGACUCCUCCCACUCUGAGCUAUGCACUAAGGAGGCGGGCCUUACACCUGCACCUCACACAAGGAAAUCUGAAUCACAGAUAAAGAUUUUAAUGAACCGUUUAUUGAAAAAAAUAUCGAUCCACGUGUUGGUUAUCUUUUGUGUACUUUCAAUUCAAGGAUUCCAAGUUGAUCCGUCUGAAAGAAAGUGGAGACUACAUUGUUGGCAGCUUUAUCUUCUGAAAGACAACUGACGUAUCAGUGGCAAGGGAACAAUUAUGCUAUCACACAGGUAGACUACAUAAAGGUUAAUGUGUAUAUACUUACUGUAUGCUAGCCUGGUCCCAAGGCUGUUUGUGCUCUUGCCAACUCCAUUGCUUAUUGCCAAGCAUGUUUGACAUGACAAUGAGUGACAAGAAGUUGGCAUGAUAGUCUGAGUGCCAGUUGUUUUGUAUGCUACAAGUGUUUGUGACCUGUUUUAAUGUGGCUGCAUGACCUCUGUCAGAAAGAGGUGCUUUACUGUAAUCUUCUGUCUGUCCUAAAAUCUGUCUGUCAAAUCUCUGCAUUUGUCUCGGUCUCUCAGCAUUUGUCUCAGUCUCUCACUGUGUGUCUGUGGUUCUGUCUGAGAAAUGAUGCAUGAUGUCUCUGUCUGCAUGUGUGUCUGUGUGUGCCCUUUCUGUGUGUCUGUGUGUUGUUUAAAACGUUCAACAAUGUCUGAUAUCGGGCUAUAUUUGUCUCUGUCACUGAGUUGGCUGCAACUCACUUGAGUCGUCUUUAUUUUUAUGAAGUUGGACGUUCAUAAGACAAAUGAACUACUUUUAUAGGCUGAGUUUUAAAAAGGUUUGUCUCACAGAACAGCUUUGUAUGACUGUUCCCUCUGUCCUGUUUGGUUUGUGUUAUGUGGUAAAACGCACAGUAAACACCCACAGUGGUGUGACCAACAGAGUUAAACUAAAAGGGAUGACAUUAAGCUUCUGGUAUUAGCUACCAUUUUGUGGCUGAAUUUGAUGAUGGUGUUUAUGCGUAUAAUACUUUUUUUUUUACAUUUGCGUUGUGUAGUUCUACCUGGUAUAUCAUGUCAAACGACUUUAGUAGUAUUCAGCAUCUCAAUCCAAAUAUUAUUCUGAACAAUAUUGUAUAGAACUAAUACGGUUGUACUGUAUAGCACUUUGGAAUAUCAUGGCUUUAUUUUCAUGUUUGAACAAUCAUUCUUAUCCAACAAGUCAAACACUAAGGAUAACAUAUAGGCAGGUAAUAAUGCCAAAUACUGUACACACUGUCUGUUACCAUUAGGAACCAGUUGCUUGUAACUGUGGUUUAGGGCUAUCAAGGAAUUAUUUGUUUUUCAAUUGUUGCCUAAUAAGGCAGUUAAACAUGGGUGAAAAUCUAUUGUUGCCACUUUUUUAAAAUUGUAUUUAUCACAUUUUUGUGUUCUAAAAUCAAUAGCUUUUUCUGUAUAUAUGCAAGAGGAAGAUUACUGUAAAUGUUUUUUUACCACCCAUACCAGAAAUAUAUGGCCAAAUGCAUCUAUAUACAUGGGUAUGCUGUAAAAUAUGACAGUUGGAUUCUAAAACAUUUAGAUUCUGAAUCAUGUCAAACCUGUGUACUACUACUGUUAAUAGGAUGUUAGUGAAGCAAUAAGGCUAUAUAUAGCCUUACACUUACAGCACUGGUUCAUUUGUGUUGUCGCUAUCUCAUAACAAGAUGUCAUCAUGUUGAUCAUUGCAAGCGGAUAUUGAUUGAUUUCGGCCUUACCUAAUUCUGUGUCUUCUGUGUGGUACUGUCUCCCGUUCAACCAUGGUUCUUUGUCUGAAAUGUAACUACACUGAACAAAAGUGUAAACGCAACAUUUUCAAAGAUUUUAGUUCAUAUAAGGAAAUCAGUCAAUUGAAAUACAUUCAUUAGGCCCUACUAUAUGGAUUUCACAUGACUGGGAAUACAGAUGUGUGUCUGUUGGUCACAGAUACCUUAAAAAAAAGGUAGGGGUGUGGAUCAGAAAACCAGUCAGUAUCUGGUGUGACCACCAUUUGCCUCAGGCAGUGUGACACAUCUCCUUCACAUAGAGUUGAUCAGGCUGUUGAUUGUGGCAUGUUGUCCCACUCUGGAUAUUGGUGGGAACUGGAACAUGCUGUCAUACACAUCGAUCCAUAGCAUCCCAAAAAUGCUCAAUGGGUGACCUGUCUGAGUAUGCAGGUCAUGGAGAAACUGGGACAUUUCCAGUUUCCAGAAAUUGUGUACAGAUCUUUCUGACAGGGGCUGUGUAUUUUCAUGCUGAAACAUGAGGUGAUUGUGGCGGAUGAAUGGCACGACAAUGAGCUGCAGGAUCUCUGUGCAUUCAAAUUGCAAUCAACAAAAUGCAAUUGUGUUCGUUGUCCAUAGCUUAUGCCUGCCCAUACCAUAACCCACCGCCACCAUGGGGCACUCUGUUCACAACAUUGACAUCAGAAAACCUCUCACCCACACAUCGGCCAUCUACCUGGUACAGUUGAAACCAUGAUUAGCACCAGUGGGAAUCGAGGGUGUGCCUUUGCCCACUGCAGUCUUUUGCGACGCCCAAAUUGCAGUCAGGUCAAGACACUGAGGGCCACGAGCACGCUGAUGAGCUUUCCUGAGACCAUUUAUGACCUUUUGUUCAGAAAUUAUUCGGUUGUUCAGACCCGCAAUUUCUUCAGCUGUCCUGUUGGCUGGUCUCAGAUGGUUACGCAGGUGAAGAAGCUGGAUGUGGAGGUCCUGGGCUGGCGUGGUUACACCUGGUCUAACCGGAUGUGGAGGUCCUGGGCUGGCGUGGUUACACCUGGUCUAACCGGAUGUGGAGGUCCUGGGCUGGCGUGGUUACACCUGGUCUAACCGGAUGUGGAGGUCCUGGGCUGGCGUGGUUACACCUGGUCUAACCGGAUGUGGAGGUCCUGGGCUGGCGUGGUUACACCUGGUCUAACCGGAUGUGGAGGUCCUGGGCUUGCGUGGUUACACCUGGUCUAACCGGAUGUGGAGGUCCUGGGCUGGCGUGGUUACACCUGGUCUAACUGGAUGUGGAGGUCCUGGGCUGGCGUGGUUACACCUGGUCUAACCGGAUGUGGAGGUCCUGGGCUGGCGUGGGCACACCUGGUCUAACCGGAUGUGGAGGUCCUGGGCUGGCGUGGGCACACCUGGUCUAACCGGAUGUGGAGGUCCUGGGCUGGCGUGGUUACACCUGGUCUAACCGGAUGUGGAGUUCCUGGGCUGGCGUGAUUACACCUGGUCUAACCGGAUGUGGAGGUCCUGGGCUGGCGUGGUUACACCUGGUCUGUGCUUGUGAGGCUGGUUGCCAUAUUCUCUAAAACGACGUUUAGGCUGCUUAUGGUAGAGAAAUGAACGUUCCAUUCUCUGACAACCACCCUGGUGGACAUUCCAGCAGUCAGCAUGCCAAUUGCACGCUCCCUCAACUUGACUGCAAAUUUCAGUGGACUUUUAUUGUCCCCAGCACAAGAUGCACCUUAGUAAUGAUCAUGCUGUUUAAUCAGCUUCUUGAUAUGCCACACCUGUCAGGUGGCUGGAUUAUUUUGGCAAAGGAGAAAUGCUCACCAACACAACAUUUGAGAGAGGGAAGCUUUUUGUGGGUAUGGAACAUUUCUGGGAUAUUUUAUUUCAGCUCAUGAAACAUGGGACCAACAUUUUAUAUGUUGUGUUUUACAUUUUUGUUCAGUGUACUAAACCCCCCUCCCCCCCCCCACACACACACACACACACACACAGACGCGUGCACUGUCAAGUCUCAUCUGUACACCAUACAUACAUUUUGCACAUUGUGUACACACUUGUCAUGCAUAUUUUUAUACAUGUGUAGCACAUUAUCUAUUUUGUAAAUAAUAUGAAAACAUAUAUGUACUGAAUGCCUUUUGUGUCAAUAAAAUGUGGUGCAUUGUGAAAGUCUCUCCUAACA